CUUGCACGACGUCGUUUCGUCAACUUUAGCUUUUUUAAUCGACUUUAACCUUGUCGAUUUUUACUCUCUAGUUUAUUUCCCUAAUUCCCCUUAUGGCCCCAACCGCAGGGAGUCCAAACUCACGGAAGCCAGAACGGAAAUGGCGAACCGGCUCCAGUCGCCAACCAGCAAAUAUAUCUUCUCGUGCUCGAAUGACGACCAGAUAGCAUGCGCCGCGGCGCGCGCCGUCGCUAUCGUUCUUUAUUUUGUUUCUUCUUCAGUUUGCUUUCGCCUGGAAAGAACUAAACAUUCGUCUCCCUCUCUCAAUCCAUUGAGCCAAAAAAUAGCCUUUGGAUGUGGAAGUUGAACUUCAUCACUGCUUCUGGAGGGUGACAUGAGAGGAUUUUCUUCUUUAGCUUCUAGAGCAACACCUGCACUAAAAAAUCUCUCUCAAGAAUUAUUCAAUCGCGGAAAAUUUAACGCAGAAAACCCGAGAAAUCUCAAAGCUUCGACAUUUCUCAAUCGCAAUCGAACAAGCAGCGUUGAAGCGCAUUCAAUAGGUAAUUUCCAUAAGCUCGAUUUUGUUUCACUAUCGAAGAUUCCCACUUCUGCCAAGAAACAUGUAAAGCUCAUUGAUCACAGUUACUUUUCUCGAAUUUUAUCACGGAAGGACUGGUUUUUGCUGCUAAACCACGAGUUUAAAGCUGGGAGGAUAGGUUUGGAUCCUCGGUUUGUAGUGAGUGUUCUACAAAAUCAAGAAAACGCAUUACACUCAUUGAAAUUUUUUAUCUGGGUUGCCAAUAUCAACGCUUCGAUUGCCCAGAACCAGUCUGUUCGGGGCGUCUUAGCUAAUGCACUUUAUCGGAAGGGUCCUAUUUUACUAUCUGUUGAAGUGCUUCGAGAUGUCAGGAACUCGGGCUGCGUAGUUACGGAGGAUCUGCUCUGCGUUUUGAUUGCUAGCUGGGGCAGGUUGGGAUUGGCUAAGUACUGUAAUGAUUUUUUUGGGCAGAUUUCUUUUUUGGGUAUUAGUCCUAGUACAAGAUUGUAUAAUGCCAUUAUUGAUGCAUUGGUGAAGUCCAAUUCCCUUGAUUUGGCUUAUUUGAAGUUCCAAGAUAUGUCAAGGGAUAAUUGCAAAGCAGAUAGGUUCACUUACAAUAUACUUAUUCAUGGAGUAUGUAGAAUUGGUGUGGUUGAUGAGGCACUUAGGUUAGCGAAACAGAUGGAGGGGUUGGGAUAUAGGCCUAAUGUUUUCACGUAUACAAUGUUAAUCGAUGGGUUUUUCAAUGCGAGGAGGGUCGAUGAAGCAUUUAAGGUAGUAGAGACAAUGGAGGUGAGGAAUGUCAGUCCAAUUGAAGCUACUGUUAGAUCAUUGGUUCAUGGAGUGUUUCGUUGUCUUGCUCCACAUGAGGCAUUGGAGCUUUUUAUAAGAUUCAUGGAAACGAAACCCAUCUUCUGGAGAUUGGCUUGCGAUUCGCUAUUGUAUUGCCUUUCAAAUAAGACCAUGGCAAAGGAGGCAGCUUUCUUCUUAAGGACAAUAAAAGAGAGAGGUCAUUUUCCCGACAGUUCAACAUUUAACAUCACAAUGACUUGCCUGAUAAAGGGAUUGGACCUCGACGAGACAUGUAAAAUAUUGGAUACUUUCAUUGAGCGAGGUGUGAAGCCAAGUUUGGAUAUAUAUCUUUUACUGAUCCAAGCUCUUUACAGAGAUGGAAAAAGUGUGGAGGGGGAUAAGUAUUUGAACCAGAUGGUUAUAGGUGGAACUAUAUCAACCGACUACACUUAUAACAUGGUAAUAGAUUGCUUUUGCAAAGUGAACAUGAUGGACAGGGCGAGAAAGACUUUUAGGGAGAUGCAGAAUAGAGGUGUUGUUCCCAAUCUUGUUACUUUCAAUACCCUAAUUAAUGGCUAUUGCAAGGAAGGAGAGUUAUGUGAGGCACUUAAAAUGUUGGAGUUGCUUCUUGAGUGUGGGUACAAACCCGAUCUAUUCACUUUUGGUUCACUUAUUGACUGCCUUUGCCAGGUAUACUGCAUUGAAGAUGCUUUAGAUUGUCUCACUGAAAUGGUCGAGUGGGGUGUCACUCCAAAUGCUGUCAUAUAUAACAUAUUAAUACGCUCUCUUUGUGUAGUUGGGGAUGUUGGCAGAUCACUGAAACUUUUAAGAAGGAUGAAGGUGAACGGAGUGAGCCCCGAUGUUUUCUCCUUCAAUGCCUUAAUACAAAGUUUUUGUAGAAUGAAAAAGGUCGAGAAAGCAGAGAUGCUUUUUGUCUCCAUGUUGACACUGGGAUUGAAUCCUGACAAUUAUACAUAUUGUGCUCUUAUCAAGGCCUUGUGUGAGUCUGGAAGAAUUGAUGAAGCCAAGAAGUUGUUUUCAUCAAUGGAGCUGAAUGACUGUAUUCCUGAUUCAUAUACAUGCAACCUGAUUGCGAGAUAUCUUGUCCAGGAGGGCCGAUCAAAAGAGGCUGAGAGUAUUCUAGAAAAAUUUAAGCAAAAGUAGCUCCAGAGGGUUUGUUUGCAUACUUUAAGGACCACGAACUGCUGCUCUUUGAAGCUGAAGCAGCUUUAAGGGUCUGUUGUGUACUGGUGGAAUCAAGUCAUAUGGAUGUACAAUGAGACAUUCCUUCGUGCUCUUUUCUGAGUUUGUCAUAUCUCCUAACUGGAGAUAAAUGAAUUUACUCCCGGAACAAUAUGUUAAGAUUCUCUGACAAGGCCAAGCCUUAGGGUCACUGAGGGAGAGCAAUUUGAGUUUGACUUGGCAUUACUUACCACAUAACUUCUCGGUUGAAUCUCACAAGCUUUCUUGUGGGACUUCUAUGUGGGGGAAAAUUUUGUUUUUCGACCUAAAUGGUCUUGGAGCUUUAUGGGAGGUAGUGGACAUGAAGAGGUAAACCUUGAAGAUUUUGGAAAAUCCUUGAGAAGGCACCCUAACCAUUGUGCUUCAUCUGGCUUUUUCUUCAAGACGAUUUUGUGGUAGGAUUGAUUAGUUUGGCUAUUUCCUGUGCAGAAGUUGAUCUUUGGAAUUUCAAGAGGAAAUGAAUUAAUUUGUUUAUACCUUCAAAACUCACUUAACGAUAGUGGCUAUAAUUAUUCCUAUUUGCACUGGCGCAACCGCUUUAUCUUGGGGAUUGGCUCAUGAUUCACCCACAAACACUGCACAACAAACGAAAUAAAUUUUACUUCUACCGUAUUUCUGUACAAGGGUGAGCACACAGCUCUCCUGGCCGGUUACUCCUGUAUGUCAUUUGCUUCCUCGUCCUUGACAAAACCUUUCUUUUUAUGCAAAUAGGAUUAAAAUUUACACUUACUAGUCUUAUUUAAUCCUCUGUUUCCACAGUUUGGUGAUCUAAUAAGAAUAUGCCUUGCUCUAUAAUUCAUGUAGUUUAACUGUCAGUUCAGCAUUGAUGAAAAUUUUUAAACUCUUCAUGAUAGUUUCUUAACACGAAAAAACCUGUGGUUUGGGAAGCAAAACAAGUUUGUUUAAACAUUAAUUAGUAUUAUGUUUAAAAAUUUGGAACUAUGUAUAUUUUCUAAAGUAGGUCUCUUUUGUAUUAUUAUUGUGUGCAAAUGUAUUUUUGUCAUUGUUGAAUUGAAUUGUGUUAUCGUAUUAUGUUAAAAAAUUUUAGUCUUGAUUUGUGGGCAAUAAAACUUUGCUCCAACUUCACUUAAUUAUUAUAUUUCUGUUCUUGGGUUGUUAAGACUAGCUAAAUACCAAUUAAUUUUGACUUGUAACCAAAAUUAGUAAACCAAUUAAUGUUUUAGGUUUGAACUUUUUUUGCACACGAAAUAAAUUCCUUUAGCAAGUAAAAAUAGUAGGUGACUUGCACUUCAACAAACUGCUUUCUCCUUUGUCCUCCCCCAAAAUUGACAUUACCAAGAAAAGGGCAAACAGACAACUUUAUUCCCUUUUCUUGUUAAUUUGCACAAGGGAAAUUGCCUAACCACUAGACACUCAAAAUCUUAUAUCCUCAGGGUUGAUUACAUAAAGGGUCAGUCACUGGAUUGAUAUCACUAAAUUUGAACAAUGAAUAAAACCAUACUAAUAUAUUGCUAUAUAUAACUACUCUAAAUCUUACCUUCUAUUCCACCAAGUUAAAAACUUCUCAAAAAUGGCAGUCUCAGUUACCGGUAAAUUCUGGGUUUUGGCUAUAGCUCUGCUUUGCAUCUCUUUGUUCCAGUCCUAUCAAGGAGAGGCAAAUGAAGAAGA